AUGUACAGCUUGAUCGAGAAAACAACCGAUUAUGUCGGCCGUUACAUCAGUUUCACCAGCAAACCAGAGUACGACGAGAUUGGACAAAUAGAAGAUGUCGAGGACGAACUCAACUCCCUAAAAGACAGUCGUGUUUCUUCCUGGUACAACCACGAAUCCGAGCCGCUUAUCAACGAGCCGGAAGAGACCAAAUUAAAGCCUUUUCCGGCGAUGGCUCUACUCGUCUCCUCAAUGGCCGGAAUCGGGGUGCUUUCCUUCCCACUUGGCUUUGUCUACGCUGGAGGGAUUCUGAACGGAAUUCUGAUUCAAAUUCCAUUCCUUGCUUUUUGCUGGAUUACCAUCAAUGCUUUAGGUAUGAUAGCAAGAAAACACAACUGCGACGAGUACGAAGACAUCGUCACCGCUGUUCUCGGAAGCAAGGUCGACAAAAUCAUCAAAGUCAUCUUCUUCAUCUACUCGCUUGGCAGUAGCAUGGCGUAUUUUGUCGUGAUCAUAGAUCAAGGAAAAGCCUUCUUCGAUUUCAAACCUUCUUUUGCGCCGCUGCUUUGUCUUUUGCCUUUUCCGUUUUCCGUCGCGAAGAAUGUUGCUUUUUUGAAGCACACAGGGACAAUUGCAAUGGUCUGCAUGCUGGUCACGUGUGUCAUAACAGCUCUGGACUAUUUCCUCAACAUUCCGGAGAAUUUCACAGGAAUUAACAAUUCUAGUGACAUUGUGUCUGAAGUCUUGACAGAAGAACGCUCUCUUAUUGACGCGCUUAUGCUUCCGACCGCGACGCAUUUGAAGCCUCCUUCUUUAUCAUCGAUGUUUCUUGCACUUCCUCUUUUUUGCUUUGCUUAUCAAGGUCAUUUAGCUUCAGUUAAAAUCUACCGCCGCAUCGAGCGCCCGAAAAACUACCCUUGGAUCAGCGCUGGUUCUUUUUUAACUUCUUUCGUCUGCUACAACUUUGUUGGAACUUUCGUCCUCCUCUGCUUUGGCUCAUCUGUCAACCCGGAUUUCUUGAUGAGCUACCCUAAUCACUCAUUUAUCAUCGCCUUUGCUCGAAUCGGAACGCUUGGAUCUGUCACCGGAGCUUAUCCAGUUUUUGCCCUUACUGCUAGAAAGCUUCUUUCGGAAAAUACAGGCUUCCUUUACAGAUUUAUCUUCGCCUCCUCUUUCUUUGGAGUCUGUCUACUUGGCGCCAUCUAUUGCCCAAGUUAUGACAUCGUCUCCGGCAUCAUCGGUUCUUUCGCUGGACUCAUCAUGUUCGUCAUUCCGGGAGUAAUGAUGAUCGUCGCUUACAGUAAAAGAAAAUGCUACAGAGCCUAUAUGGGUGCAUUUUUCGCCACCUUUGGGUCUUUUCUCUUUGUCUUCUCAUUUAUUUACAACUUACUGUAUCGAUAA